CCCGAGCAGGCAGGGCUUCAAGCCAUAGGCCCUCGAAGUCUUUUACCGCUCAUUUUCCGGCGUCGCGAGCCCUUUCUCGUCCGUUUGCCCUGUGCGACAAUAUCUCUCACGUCUAGAGUAGUUCUUUCUUUCCUGUUUUCCGCCGGCUUGGUAGCUGCAGAUGCAGUGGGUUACUUUGAUGAUAUAUCCAUUUGUCCUGAUUCAAAAGGGCUUUCAAAAUGUUAUGAUAAGGUGGAGACUAGCUGGAGUAGCUGUGUCAACAAGAACUGCGCUGAGGGUGGUGCAGACUGCUACAACUCUUGCAAUGGGGACAAGACGUGCAUGGAGUCACAAUGUCCGAAUUUAGGGAUCGAUUGUAUGAGUGCUUGUUCGUGCGUUCAGGCUGUUGACCAGAUUGACUGUAUUGCCGAAUACCAACAAACAAUCGAAGAUGUCCUCAACCUAUGUGUAAAGCCAGACAUGGACCAGCUCCCUUUCUGGCCCCCGCCUGACGAUGCUGCCUCUGGAUGCUCCUGCAAUAUAGCCAAGGUGGAUAAGAAGGAAUUAUUGAUUGCGGCGCAAAUGACCACGUGCACGAAUAAUGAGACCAAUCUGGACCAAAUGUCUUCUGUUGAUGCCAUUACGGAUUAUGGCCAGGCUUGUCUUUGCUGCGCAGAAAGUGCGAUUGUAUCCACGAUCUGGGAUACCUGUCCGAAUACGAAACCCGCUCUCCUUGAUGUCGACGGAUGGAAUAACACUUUGCUCGAGCCGAACGGCUGGGCCUCCUGUGGUGAAUACCUCGAUGCGUAUGAUUGUGCCGGUGAUCUAGGCUUUGGUGCUGAGGACGCGGGUGGAACUACGACUUUCUACAAGCCGGGUGGUUUACUGAAGAAUGGAACCGGGACGCUCUACAACACCGGUUCUCUAACCACACCCGUCAGUGGCGCUACAUUCACUUGGACAUUUGGAACGAUUUUGCAUGCUGUUACUGCUGUCUCCACGGAUCAUGUGGUUGCCACUGCUACGGCUACGGAUUCUCAAGGUCAAACUGCGACCUCGACUCAGAAUGGUGCGACUAGUACUGAUACUGGUAUGGCUAAUGCUCAGAAAACGCCCAUAUGA